AUGCUGCUUAUAAAUAGUAACUUGUACAAUAACACUUAUGACCAAGAGGAUAAUUAUGAAACAAGUGUGCUCUUAAUGUACACAAAAUAUUUAAAUCAUAUUGAAAUAAUUAUAAUUAUGCCCUUAAAUAUGGAUUUUCAUGGAUGCAAUUGCAAAAAUGUAACAAUUACAGAAGGAAUAUUUGGAGAAAUCUGGGUUGAUAAUAAAGAUCAAAUUUUUAUUGAUCCCAUACCAAAAACAAUAAAAUCGUAUACUUUGAUAAAUAGUAAUCGAAUGGAAAUUGUUCUUAUUACUUGGGGUGCUACAAUUGUAUCACUGAAAUGUCCAGAUAAGUACGGACAUUCUGCUGAUAUUGUUCUGGGCUUUGAUAAUAUGACUGGAUAUUCAAAUUUUAUAACAAAUCCAUUUAUUGGUUGUAUAUUAGGCAGAUGUGCAAAUCGCAUUAAAGAUGGACAUAUCACUAUUAGAGGCAAAGAUUAUGAAUUAACAAAAAAUGAUUUUAAUGGAAAACAUCAUUUACAUGGAGGAACAAAUGGAUUUGGCCGUAAAGUUUGGGAUUCAUAUAUUACUGGAUGCUCAGUUGUUAUGAGUUAUUUAAGUCCAGAUGGGGAAGAAGGCUACCCAGGUGCAGUGUUAACUACAAUAAGGUUCAAAUUAACUCCAGACAAUGAGUUUGAUAUAUGUAUGAGAGCAACAACUUCAAAGCCUACAAUAGUGAAUUUAUCACAUGGUUCUAUGUUUAAUUUAGCUGGACAUGGUGCUGGAGAAUCUGAAUUGAGAAAUCAUAAAGUAUUAUUAAAUUGUGAUCGUUGGACAUUUGCGGAUUAUACAGAUCCAGUUCCAACAGGUGCUAUACGUGGUGUAGGUGGUACAGUAAUGGAUUUUCGAAUACCUCGAAUUUUAGGAGAAUACAUGAAAAAGGUUCCACCUGGAGAAGGCUAUGAUCAUAAUUUGUGUGUUACCAAAGAUGGACAAUCUGGUACUUCAUUUGUUGCUAAAGUAUGGCAUGUAAAAAGUGGACGUGCUUUAGAAAUUUACUCAAAUCAGCGUGGAGUACAGCUUUAUACGGGAGGACGUUUACUACCUCCGAUUAUUCCAGAGUUUUUAUCUACUUAUGAUUUAUUAGAGGACAUUGGAGAAAGUGAAGAAAGUGUUGAAAAUUACAAAAGUGACAAUGAAGAUAGUGAAGAAGAAAUGGAAGUUGAAAAACAUUAUAAAAAAGUAAUAACUAUACCUAAAAAGUUAGAAUUUCUUUUAGGAAAACAUGGAGUACGUUAUAAAAAAUACUGUGCUUUUAGUAUUCAACCACAAAAUUAUCCUAGUGCAAUACAUUAUUCACAUUUCCCAUGUUCUAUAUUAUACCCUGGUCAAGUUUAUUAUCAUGAUCUGACAUAUAAGUUUGAAGUGCACCUUGCAAAUUACAUGUAA